AUGCCGGCGCGGUCAGAAUAUCAGAAAAACCUGACCGGUCUCCUCGUUGGGACAACUGAACAACCCUGCGUUUUCUUCGCUCUUGCGGAUCUCUACCUCCCUCGAGGGGAGCCCCUCUCUGGCACUCCCCCAACCCUUCGAAAGGUUAAAGAUCUGAUGGAAGGAAGUGGCCAAGACCAUUCUGUUGGCGACUUGAGUAGCGACAUGAGGAAGGAUAGGGCGGCUGAUCAACACAGCUCAUCGUCGAUGAUUGGCUGCGGUGGAUAUCGGCUCUUCGAUCGUCAACUUUCCAUGCAUCAAGUAAUUGGGGGAGGUAAAGUUGCUGAUAUCAUACUAUGGAAAUGCUGGGGAGUUUCAAUUGUGGUCAUCGUUGUUGCUACUGUUGCAUGGCUUAUGCUUGAGAGAUCAGGAUUGUCAUUCCUCACGAUCUCGUCGGAUGUGCUACUGAUUUUGAUCAUUCUUCGAUUUAUUUGGGCCAACAGUGCUGGCAUACUUAACACAUCUCUAAGACCUUUGCCUGAACUUGUGUUGUCUGAAGAAAUGGUCAAUAAUGCUGCUGCUUCAUUUCGUGCUAAAGUUAACAACAUUUUGCUGGUGGCACAUGAUAUAGCUCAUGGGAAGGACUUCAGGUGGUGGUCUUUCUCUGGUUGCUAUCUGUCAUGGGAAGCUUCUUCUCAUUCACCACUCUUGCAUAUAUUGACGCUACCGACAUGUUUAUCGCCGGCGAAACCGCAGAUCGACGGCCACGAUUCAGCGCCUCUACUUCUGAUUUAGAUGUCAUUAUGUAUUUUAUUAUUAUUGUCUUGUUUUACUGUUUUCCCAUUUUACCCCUGUGGGGAGUUAUGUCUUAUUGUAGCCCAAGGGGCAUUUGAGUACUUUUAUUUCCUUAUGUUUGAAGACCUAUUUAUAGGGGUCUCAUGCUUUGUAAAAGGCUAAUGAAGAUUUGAAUGAAAUUUGUGUUUUAUUUCUA